GGGUAACUAACUGAAUUCUUCACUCCAGUGUCAUCUUCUGAAGAUUCAAGCACGGAUGCAGCUUCGUGGAGAUGAUGGUGCCGGUCUUCUCGAGGGAUGCGUGGAGAUACGUGUGGCACAUGAUCCAGAAUAUCAAUACCAAACGAAAUCCAAAUGCCACGAAACUUUUCGGAUAUUUUCUUUCAACCCAGAAGACAACUUGAGAGUCAAGGAAGUGCCUGAGGUAAGGCCCGUGGGGCCCACAAGGCACCAGGGCGCGCAAGAGGCCCCUGUCGCGCCCUGGUGGGUAGUGCGGCCCAUAGGCCCCCUCUCCACCGCCUCUCAGCUCUAUAAAUAUCCAAAUAUUCCAGAAACCCUAUGGGGGCAGGGAGAUCAGAGUUUCCACCGCCGCAAGUUCAGAGCCAUGAGAUCCAAUCUAGAGGCCUUUUCCGGCACCUUGCCGGAGUGGGAAACGAUCACGGAAGGGUUCAUCAUCCUCAUUGGUGCUCCUCCGAUGAUGCAUUUGUAGUUUACCACAGACCUACGGGUCCGCAGGCAG